AGUAAACGAAGGGAAGGAAUGGGAGCGGAGAGGAAUGACGGUGUACACUGUUUUAACUCGAGAAACACUGACUCUAAACAAUGUUAACAGAGAGACAGGAGUAUUAAAAGAAUAGUAUGGAAGUUGGUUAACAUGAGAGACAAACUUUCGAGGUGAGUUUUUGUUUUUUUUCUUUGUGCGAGACGCAGAGGUUGACGGGCAGUCUACUGAACUGAAGGCUCAACAUGGAUGUCCGGGGAGCAACGGUGCGGCUCUGAAGAGGAAUUAGGGCUGUUUCUGGGUUAUUUCUGGUCGUGACGGGGCUGAGGAGGGUUUUAAAGCAGUAGCCUCUUUACCAGGCUUACAAAUCAAGUUCAUCUGGGAAUUGUUGCUCCUGACUAUUAGCAAAAAUGUUGAGGCUGUGGAGGCGAGACGUGCCGCUCUCAGAGAGGCUGGGGGAAGACUCUCCUCUGGCUGCAGCGCCCAGCCCCCCGCCCACAGCGGCCCCAACUGGCCCUAACAUUUCGUGGCUCCCUGAAGCCCCGCGGCUGAGCCCAGAACAGCCUAUCUUUCUCAUGACUCCUGCGGCACAGGCUGUGUCUGGCUUCUUUGUCUGGACCGCCCUCAUUCUCACCUGUCACCAGAUCUACAUGCAUCUACGUUUUUACAGCUCACCUAGGGAGCAGCGCCACAUCGUGAGGAUUCUCUUCAUCGUUCCUAUCUAUGCCUUUGAUUCUUGGCUCAGCCUGCUCUUCUUCACCAACGACCAGUACUACGUGUACUUUGAUACCGUCAGGGACUGCUACGAGGCGUUUGUCAUUUACAACUUCCUGAGUCUGUGCUAUGAGUACCUCGGAGGAGAGUGUGCCAUCAUGGCUGAGAUCCGAGGGAAACCCAUCGAGUCCAGCUGUAUGUACGGUACGUGCUGUCUGAGGGGGAAGGCCUACUCCAUCGGCUUCUUGCGGUUCUGUAAGCAGGCCACGCUGCAGUUCUGCGUUGUCAAGCCGCUCAUGGCCGUCAUCACUGUUAUCCUGCAGGCCUACGGCAAAUACAAGGAUGGAGACUUCAAUGUGGCCAGUGGUUACUUGUAUGUAACCAUCAUCUACAACAUCUCAGUCAGCUUGUCUCUGUAUGCCCUUUUCCUUUUCUACUUUGCCACGAGGGAGCUACUCAGCCCUUACAACCCCAUGCUCAAGUUCUUCAUGGUCAAAUCGGUCAUCUUCCUCUCCUUCUGGCAGGGCAUGUUGCUGGCCAUCCUGGAGAAGUGUGGGGCCAUCCCUCAGAUUAACUCGUUGGAGGUUACUGUUGGAGAGGGCACGGUCGCUGCCGGUUACCAGAACUUUAUCAUUUGCAUCGAGAUGUUUUUUGCGGCGCUGGCUCUGCGACACGCGUUCACGUACAACGUCUACAUGGACAAAAGUCUCGAUUCACAAGGCCGCUGUGCCCCUAUGAAGAGCAUCUCCAGCAGCCUGAAGGAGACGAUGAAUCCGGGCGACAUGGUCCAAGACGCCAUCCACAACUUUUCGCCGGCCUACCAGCAGUACACCCAGCAGUCGACGCUGGAGCAGGGGGCGCCGCCGCCCGUCUCCCGCACCCACAGUGCCGUCAGUGCCCACGGCGACACAGAGAAGACCCUCCUGCUCAGCUCUGAUGACGAAUUCUAAAGCAUAAAGCGACACAAACCGGCACUCGUGGUACCACAGCCGAAUCUUAUUCAGACUGAUGUUUAAUGGUGGUUGGUACUUAAUCCUGCUGUGCAGCUGGUCCUCGUAAAUGUGUGAUUGAUUAAAGAGUCGUGUGUUUGUUUUUCCAGUUAAGGAGACUGCUCAUGAAUGUGAGAACCAUCCUGCGUAAACAUUGCUGCACCCACAUUUCUUAAGCGUCUUAUUUGGUUAGGAUGCUCUAAGCUGAUUUUGUGUUAAAACCACUGGCCAGAAAAUAAACAGGGUUGUGUCCGUUUUAGGAAAGUUUAUGAGUCACACAUGUACAUACUGAAUCAUACUUGACUUAAGAACUAAAGUUUUCUGCCUUGGAUAGAAGCUUAAUUUUGCAUUUUCAGUUCAGUCAUUUCCUUUGCUCAGAUGUGUGCUUUAGUAGCAAUGUAAUAAUCCUAAUGGAUGUUCAUUUUUAGUUUUUGAAGGCCCUGUUGUUUUCAGAUGGUCAUUGACUGUGUUUAUGAAGGUUUCCCCAGUCCAUGGAAAUCCUAAAAAAGUUUAAUUUGACCCCCCCCCAAUGACUGGAAAUGAAAAUAUAUUUCAAUAUAACUUUUGAUAUUUUUGAUCUUGAAAAGAAUAUUUAGAUAUUAAUUUGCACAAAAAAAAAAGACAAAUUAGUUGGUCUGCAAUUAUAUUAAUGUGCUUCAAACAAGCUGUUGUAAGUGAACCCUGGUGUGUUGUGGGACUUUAAGGGACCCCCUUCACCGCAGUGAGGGGAUGGAUUUAGAGGGAAACCAAGUCAGAAACAUGAGUUGUAUGGAUCAAUGGUGUUAUCGAUAUUGGUGGAACAAAUAAGAGCCAGGCAGAGCAGAUUAUAGAUUAUACAGUAUAUCUGCUCCAGUGGGCAACAAGAGCGAAGGGCAGCUGCAGCAGCAGAGCUGGAUUACACUGGUGUAAUUGGGGCGUUAUCUGAAUGGCCGGGAUUAAAGCUCGAGCUGGCUCACUCGGGCCGUAGACAUCUGUAGGUCACAAUGUAGGUUAACAGGAUUGAGGGGAAAACGGAGGAGGAAUAUACGUUAUAUAGACAAUGACAUACAUACACCGACUUCUUGGCAAAAAAAAUGUAUUCUAAUUUCAGUUCGACUUUAAAUUUGGUUUUCAUUUCAAGGUCAGGUUUCAAAAAUCCACCCAUCUCACAACCAGAUGAUCCUGAGUGGCUCCAAAUAUUUAAGAAUGACUAAAAUCCGUCCACAUCAAGUGAAGUGUCUGCAUUUGCCCUGACACAACCACUGCAGUGACUUUCCUUCAGCCAGUAAGGUUUCCGUAUUUUAAGUUUUUUGCUUGAAAAGUCUCAAGUCUUCAGCUCAACUGCAUUUUUUGCACAUUAUACAGUUUUUGUCCUGAGAUAGGGUAUAUUUGAUAGCUUGAGAAAAAUCACAAACUGGAUCUUAUCACUCUAAUAUGGGAAAAUAGAUUCUGUGCACAACUUUUUCAUCUUAUGCAUUUACAGUUUGUUAGACAGUUGAUAAUCACUCAGUUAAGAAUAACAGGAGUGCGUAAACUUGACAGUGUUGCGUUUCUUUGACCUGGAUGCUGUUCUCUUCCAGUCAGACUUUUUUUUUUAAAAGAUUUGAUUUGAUUUCACCGCAGUCAGAGCGGGUUAUUUUUUUACUCAUAGUUGGAGUUCUUGAGUCAUCUGAUGAGUCACACCAAGUCUGCCGACGUGUUUACUGUAACUACUUUCACUGCGCUGCCGUAGCUCUGUGUGAACACCAGGGGGCCGUGUGAAGGCGUCAGGGACACGUUUGCCCUCUUAUCUCCAGACAGGCGUUUAUCACACACAAUUUAAGCGUGGUGCACAUGUAAUGGAAAAAAUGCUUUGUGUGAAGGCCAGGCACUUUAGUUUGUUUUUGUUUCUUUUUUUUUUUCCUUUCUUCUUUUGUCUGAUCAUCACUGUUGUGUGUCUGUGUUUUCGGCGGAAAAUAGAAGCCAACCCAGGCCUCAGACAGUGGUCAUGGGUCUUUUUUAUUUCUGCCUCAGCUUGACAUAAUAUUAGUUUUAAAUAGGAGGGAUGCCACGUCUGUGCACAGAAGCCGCAGCCUAUUUUUAGACAUUGCUCAGUGCUGUCUGGGUAAUUAUGUUGCUACAUUUUGACAUGGACUCAAAGUGAACUUUUUUUUUUUUUUUAAACCAACAAAACAAAGCAAGUGAGCCUGACAUAAAAACCCAAGUCAGUUCAGCAUCACUGUGUCGCUGACAGUUUUCUGUGUUUUCAUUCUCAUGUUGGAAUCAUGAAUGUAUAUCCUAAAUGUUUGAAAACCAGUGCCGAUCUUUGGGGUUGAGGCGUGUAACCUAAUAACUACAACCCUCUUGUAUGUCUGUCAGUGUGCUUCUUGAAAUUUGAAAAGGCAUUUUCCUUUGCACUUUCUUAUCAGGGUGGAAAUGAUGAAACCCAAACCCAUGCAGGUUUUUUUGCGUCGCAUUGCAGCUCCUACAGGCAUGUUUCCUUGCCUGAUAUUACAAUAAUACACUAUUUAAAAGCAAAGUAGACAGUGUGUCACUCUUCCUGCACUUUGAAUGCCAUAAUUCACUUUUCAGCUAAGACGUUCUCAUGCACUCUUCAGUCACUUUCUCUACAUUUUUGUCAUUUGGUGACUUGAGAUGUUCUUAUCAGAUGGAAGUGAAUAUUGCUGAGAAAAAUGCUUUUGUUGUAAAUACAGUUUUAAGUGCUGUCUACAGGAAGAAUAGUAUUAAUGUAUGUUGAAAUAGUCACAGAAGCUGUAAAGCACAGGAGAAACAAAGACCUAGUUUUGUAUUUUAACCUCCGAACUGUCUUUUUUUUUCAAUCUCAACCCGUUUAGGUUUCUGUUUCUUUGUAUAUUGUAAAGCUGCUCAUGACGCUACAAUUUCAUGUCUAAUGGAUAAAUAUUGGAAGUAAUAAUAAAUGAUAUUUA